UGUGGCGUCAGUGUGAGGGGCGUGUCCGGCAUCUCUUCCUGUUUGUGAGCAGGUGAGACACACCUGAGGAGCAGAGCAGAGAGCAGUAGCGGCACUGAGCUCAGACUUCACUCAGUUUUCAUUCAACUUUUAUUAUAAAGAACAGGACCGGACGGAACAGCGCGUGCGAUCCUUCUGCUGACCCUCAGCGCGGAGCGGUGAGACACACGCGUCACGAGGCGGCAGACUGGUUUUUUACUGCUACAUUCACACUGACUGAGCUGAAAAUGCCUCCAUCAUACUCCUCCUCCUCCCUCCUGCUGCCUCUCCUCCUCCUCCUCCUCCUCCUCCUCCCGUUCGUGCGGCCCACCGGAGCGGCAGAGGACGCGGACUGCAGCGGCGCUUUCCGCGCUGGGCCGGAGAACUUCGUGCUGGACACGGAGGACGCGGUGAAGGAGGGAGCGGCUCUGCUGACCACCGCGCAUGUGCGCUCCGAGGAGGCCUGCAUUAGCGCGUGCUGCGGUAACCCGCGCUGCAACCUGGCGCUGCUGGAGCCGCGCGGUACCGCAGCGGCGGGGAACCACACCUGCGACUUGUUCAACUGCGUCCACAAUAACCGCUUCGUGUGCAGGUUCGUGAACCAGGCGGGAUACCUGAGCUUCAUCCGGGAUACCGAGUUCAUGCAGCACCUGCAGGGCCCGCAGCACGGAGCAGGUGAGCAGGCUCCCCCCAUCGCCAUCGCAGGCCGUGAUGUCAUCGUUCAGCCCGGCGACGAGGUGACGCUCAACGGCAUCCAGAGCCUGGCACUGGGCGACGCCCACAUCGCCGAGUACCACUGGACCCAGCAGAGCGGUGACGGCGUCGAAAUGCAGAAGACAGACCUGCCUGACCAGGUGCGACUGUCCAACCUGCAGCCGGGCUCAUACGACUUCCGGCUGACCGUCACCGACUCCAACGACCAAUCACACAGCGCCAACGUCACCGUCCUCGUCCUCAGCCCGGAACUGUCCAGCUUGUACUGUCUGGCUCCGCCGAAGGUCGGUCCGUGUCGCGCUAUGUUUCCUCGCUGGCGGUACAACGCUGCAGUGGGCGAAUGUAAGCAGUUUGUGUUCGGAGGCUGCAAAUCAAACCACAACAACUUCCUGUCCAAGGAAGAGUGUGACUCCGCCUGCACCGGAGUCACAGCGACGUCAGAGAGGAGCGUCACUCUGCCUACUGCUGAGGAGUGUGGGCCUCCGUGUCGUCCCAACCAGCUGAUCUGCCGGAGCGGCUGCUGUCUGGACAGAAGUCUGGAGUGUGACGGUGUGAUGCAAUGCAGCGACGGGUCGGACGAGGAGCCCUGCAGCAAACUGAACCAGACCUUCAACCGCCUGCUGGACAUCGACGUGAACCAGAGAAAAGCUCGGUGUUCGGAGCCCCCCCUUACCGGUCCGUGUCGGGCCAGUUUCACCCGCUGGUACUACGACCCUCUGAACAGGAAGUGCUCCCGCUUCACCUACGGCGGCUGUGAAGGAAGCGAGAACAACUUCGAGGAGGAAGAGAAGUGCAGCGAGACCUGCAAGGGAGUGACCGAGGACAACGUGUUCUUCAGAGGGAUGUUUUUCCGUUUUGGGGCGGAAGAUGAAAGUGACUCAGGAAACAUAGCGCUGGCCGUCUGUCUGUCGGUGGCGAUCUUGGCUCUGUUGGCGAUCCUGACCUACUGCUUCCUCAAGUCCAGGAAGGAGCGCUCCCAUAGGCCCGUCGCCGCAGGCCCCGCCCACGUCGCGCUGUCAGAGCAGGACACGCUCGUUUACAACAGCACCACCAAACCCGUGUAACCUCAUCACCGCGGUCACCACGACGACUGCCAUUCUGACUUUCAUCAGUAUUUGAUGUAGAAAAAGCAUAAAGUCUGUGUUACCACAGAAACCAGUGUAUUUACCUUUAGCAUGUAAUAACAUGUAUUUUCUGUACAAAUGUGUUUUUUCAGUGCGUUGGGUUUCUGCUCUCAUAUAUUUCAUAUCAGUUUGUGUUUAAUAUAUUUCUGAAUUGUGUGUGUUUGGGUCUCAGGUUCACUUUGUUUUAACUCAGAUUUAAAAUGAUUGUUUUCAAUAUGUAAAUAUUAAGUUCUUUGUGUUGGUCUCAGGUAAUAUCUGCUGCCGUUUUUAAUGUUUUUAAACUUCUGUUUCUCAAUAAAGUCACUGGAAACUGAAAAACA